AUGCGUAUUGGUCAAGCUGAAGUCAUUACUAAGCCGGCUCCUCAAGUUACUUCCCCGGUGGCCCAUUCCUCUAAAGACAAGCCGAUUGUGAUCGAGGAUGAUGAUGAUGAUGAUGAGGAUGAUAAUGUCAGCCUUGCUGACAUGCUCAAGGGUCGAAAAAGGAAACCUAAGCCUGCUCCUUCGGCUAGCCAGAAGAAGGCCAGGGGGGCUGGUGUUUCCACAACCAAUAAGACUUCCAAAUUGGUGUCUGAUGCUCAGCCUGAAAUCGACGGCAAGGAAGGUGGUGGCGACGCCGCUCUUCAGGCUGAUGUCCAUGAACAUUCCACUUCCAAUCCUCCGUCCCGUGAAAACUCUCCAGCUCCCAAUCCUGCAAAAUCCAAAACUGAGGGCGUCGAGAAGCCUCCUAAAGCUGCAUCUUCAGCUAAAAAGACUUCGACAUCUGAGGGAAGGAGGAAGGUCAGGAGCAAAUCUGGUCACAAAUCUCCUCAUCGUUCCAAGAGUUCCACCAACUCGAGCCCUUCCAAAGGGUCUACCCACCAGGAAACUCAAGGUGCAACUUCUCCCAUUCGCGAAACAGAAGCUCUUCUUGAUAAAGAUGCUAGCCCCAUGCCUCCUCCAAAGUCGACUGCUACUGUGCAACUUUGGCCUCAAGCCAAGGGUGGCUCUUCAUCUCACGUGUCUAGUGAGAAGCUUGAUAUUUUAUUUGAGGAAGAUCCACUGGCGGCUUUGGAUGGCUUUCUCGAUGGCACUUUGGAGUGGGAUUCUCCGCCCCGUCAACCUGAUGUUACUGCUGAGACUGCUCAAUCCAGUGGAAAUGCCAAUCUUCAGCAGAUUGAAGAGAGCAUGGGUCGGCUGAAGGCUAUCAUUUUCGACAGUGGAUUCCUCGACCAGAUUCGAGCUGAUUCUCAAACGAGUCACGCUGCUAAGGAAUUGCUUGUCUUUCUACUUGGUCAAAAGCUUGAUUCUCACCAAACUGCUACUUUGGCUAACCUUCAAUCCUUUUUGAUGGAUGUCUUAGCCACUUUUCAUCAAGCCAAGGACGUGGGUCAAGCUGUUAACCUCAAGGAAGCCAAAGUCGCUUCUGGUAAAGCUCAGGUUGCAGCGAUGGAAGAGGACUUCAAGAUGCUUACUGCCAGGAAGGUUCUAGUUGCGGAUGAGCUUUCUAGUGUCGACACCAGACUUGAGGAGCUGCGUCGAGAGAUUGACAAGUUGGAGAAGAGACGAGCUGAUUUGGUCGAGGAAGACCCUGCUGUGAAGACUCAGUUAGAUGCGCUUACUAAGGACUCCAAGGCUCUGAUCAUCUCGACAAAAGAGGUUAUCAAGGAUUUGGAGGUCGAUCAGGCUGUGAAGAAGGAUCUCGAUGCUACGAUUGCUACCUUUGCUGACCGCUUGAAUUCUUUUAAAUCUCUGCUUUAA